GACAAUCUCUAAAGAUCGCCAAAGCAUAAAUUCCUAGAGGUGCAGAAACUGGCUGUGAAGACAUGCUCCGCAUCAAUCCGAAGAAGAGGUCCAGGCCGGAGGACGGCGGCGCCUGUGGGCGCCAACCGGCAAAGUUUGUGGAUGUCCGAAUUUUCCUGGUGGAGAGGAAAAUGGGCAGCAGCCGGAGAAGCUUCCUGACCAAGCUGGCAAGGACAAAGGGUUUCAUCGUGGAAGACGUUCUCAGCGACGUGGUCACUCACGUGGUGUCCGAGGAUAGACGGGCUUCUUCGCUCUGGUCGUGGCUGAAGGGUUUCCCCCUGAGGAAUCUGCCCGGGAUGCGUGUGCUGGACAUCAGCUGGUUCACCGACAGCAUGAGGGAAGGCAGGCCUGUUACUGUGGAGACCAGACACCUCAUCCAGGACGCCUUGCCACAAGUGACCACACCUUCCCCUGUGGUCAGAGUGUCUCAGUAUGCCUGCCAGAGACGGACGACCACAGAAAACCAGAACAAGAUCUUUACAGAUGCGUUUGAGGUGCUGGCGGAAAACUACGAAUUCAACGAGAUCGAGGGUCGGUGCCUGGCGUUCAGGAGGGCGGCGUCUGUUCUGAAGAGUUUGCCCGACAUGGUGCGCUGUCUCGGGGCAACAGAGCAGCUGCCCUGCCUGGGUGAACACACCAAGGCCGUCAUGGAGGAGAUCCUUCAAAGCGGCCGCUCGUUUGAAGUCGAGAAAAUCCUCUCUGAUGAAAGGUACCGAACACUCAAGCUGUUCACGAGUGUGUUUGGGGUUGGACCCAAGACGGCGGAGAAGUGGUACCGCCGGGGGAUGAGCUCGUUCAGCGAGGUUCUGGCAGAGCCCGGCAUUCAGCUGAACCGGAUGCAGCAGAGUGGUUUUCUGCAUUAUGGAGACAUCUCCAAGGCUGUCAGUAAAGCAGAGGCCCAGGCCCUGGGGAGCAUUAUUGACGAAGCUGUCCAUGCGAUCACACCGGAUGGCGUAGUGGCUCUGACAGGAGGCUUUCGCAGGGGGAAAGCAUUUGGUCAUGAUGUGGACUUUAUAGUGACUACACCGGAGCUCGGGAAAGAGGAGGGUCUGCUUACCAGCAUCAUUAAAAUUUUGAAAAAACAAGGCAUUCUUCUCUUCUGCGAAUACCAAGCCUCUACCUUUGACAUGUCGAAGCUCCCCAGCCGGAGGUUCGAGGCCAUGGACCACUUUGCGAAGUGCUUCCUGAUCGUGCGGCUGGAGGGCAGCCGGGUGGAGGGAGGCCUCCACGGCUGCCGGGCAGACGGCCGGGGCUGGAGGGCGGUGCGCGUGGACCUGGUGUCCCCCCCCGCCGAUCGCUACGCCUUUGCCCUCCUUGGCUGGACGGGCUCCAGGCAGUUUGAGAGAGACCUGAGGAGGUAUGCUCGACUGGAGCGACGGAUGCUACUGGACAACCACGCCUUGUUCGACAAGACCAAGACACAAUCUAAAAAAGAAAUGGAAAAAGACCUGGAAUGCAAAGAUGGGUGUGUAGUAACAAAGAAAAUGGGGGUGAAAAAUGGUAUUACCAUUCUGUUUAGAGUGUAA